GAGGUCCUUCUUCGGGAGUGCGUUAUGCUGAAAGGACAUAGAAGAGGUGGUGAGCGACUCGCGCAGGAGGAACAACUUUCACUCGUGUGCUUUAGAUGGAUAUACAGUGUAUGAUGUGUGCUUGAACGGAUCUAAAGUUGUGUGCCUCUCUUCGCCCGGAGUGGGAUUUGACUGUUUAAUCACAAAACGUCGUUUCUAAAAUUGUAUCUCUCCAGGGUCUACAUUGAGUAUAGAAGAACUCUUGUCGUUAUCAUUAAAUUAGGCGUAAAAGCAAAAAGUGGACUUUUAAUCCUGAGAAACCAUGUCUAUGCUUCCAACGUUCGGCUUUACGCAAGAGCAAGUGGCGUGCGUCUGCGAGGUACUUCAGCAGGGUGGCAACAUUGAACGUCUCGGGCGCUUUUUGUGGUCUCUGCCGGCCUGCGAACAUCUCCACAAGAACGAGAGUGUGCUCAAAGCAAAAGCCGUGGUCGCUUUUCACAGGGGGAAUUUCAGAGAGCUAUAUAAGAUUCUCGAGAGCCACCAGUUCUCACCGCACAACCACCCGAAACUGCAGCAGCUGUGGCUCAAAGCGCAUUACAUCGAGGCAGAGAAGCUCCGGGGCCGCCCUCUUGGGGCUGUUGGGAAGUACCGCGUCCGAAGAAAGUUUCCGCUACCCCGGUCCAUUUGGGACGGCGAAGAGACAAGUUACUGCUUUAAAGAAAAGAGCAGGAGCGUGCUGCGGGAAUGGUACACCCAUAACCCAUACCCGUCCCCGCGGGAGAAGAGGGAACUAGCAGAAGCAACUGGGCUUACAACAACACAAGUCAGUAACUGGUUUAAAAACAGACGUCAACGCGACCGAGCAGCGGAGGCAAAAGAAAGGGAAAAUAACGAGAACUCGAACACGAACAGUCACAACCCUUUGACGUCUUCUAUGAAUGGAAAUAAGACUAUUUUAGGAAGUUCGGACGACGACAAAACGCCGUCUGGUACCCCAGAUCAUACCUCGUCAAGCCCGGGCUUGCUCCUCACGUCAAACUCCGGGCUGCACUCCCUUCACGGCCUCGCACCUCCACCUGGUCCCAGCGCCAUCCCGGUGCCCAGUGCAGAUUCCGUGCAUCACCAUCACCACACAUUGCACGACACUAUACUGAACUCUAUGUCAUCAAACUUGGUCGACCUUGGCUCUUAAACAAAUGGACCCUUUCAAGAGGACGCUUGUGCAUGGACGAUUUGCGUAAAGCAUCUCCACACACGUUAACACAAUGAAAACGCCAAUUGCGAUCAGGAAGGGACAGAGAGAGUUUUAGAAAAUGGAUGUUUGUCGGCUGGCCUACUUGCAAAGCAGAUAAGGAGGGCCUUCAGAGAGGUAUUUUUCUAGAAUGUAACGUCAUGUUCAAUUGAAUAUAAACAUGCCAAUAAACGUCUUAAAUGUUGAUAUCAAUAUUGUUUGAUAUUUAGAUGAUCCAUGACGUCUCAGUCGCAUAUUCCAGUUGUUUACAUUUUCUUUUAAAAAUGGCCAUAAAUUGUUUCAUUUUGAUGGGAUUUCGUUUUAUGAAAUGUUUUAGUACCAACAAGAUGUUUUAGAGCUGCUUUAAAGCACAUCUCUUCAAUUUCGUUUGUAUAUUACUUUUGGAAAGCGACUGUAUGUUUACUUUGGGAUCAAUAAUAAACUAUAAACUCCAACCCAUCAUUGUUUCAUAUACAUUUUACAAUAAAAAUAAGAUCCAUUUA